ACCUACGACGCUGUAUUUCUCUUUAUACAUCCAUGCUUGCUAAAUUCUGCACUCCGUAUGUGUGAAAAUGUUAACCAUUCUGACGUUUUGAUAUCACAUAUGCAGUCACGGUCAGUCCUUUUAUAGCCACGUGAUCAAUGACGGCUUUGGUCAGCCAUGGCUGUCGUGUCAUGGAAGGAGAUUUUACUUUUGACUGGACUGGUGGUGGGAUGUUACUGGAACAGUCUGUCCUGCGGCUUUGUGUUUGAUGAUGUCUCUGCAAUCCUUGACAACAAGGACCUACGACCCUCAACCCCUAUCCGCAACCUAUUCCAAAAUGACUUCUGGGGAACACCCAUGUCUGAGGAGCGGAGCCAUAAAUCUUACCGACCCUUAACGGUACUCACCUUUCGACUGAACUACCUCUUCAGUGAGCUGAGCGCUGCCUCCUACCAUUUUCUCAAUGUUGUUCUACACGCCGUAGUAUGUGUGCUUUUCCUGCGAGUGUGCCGUUUGUUCCUGGACAACACUUCCAGCUUGGUGGCAGCAUUGAUGUUUGCUGUGCACCCCAUCCACACUGAAGCUGUCACAGGUGUGGUUGGCCGAGCAGAACUUCUUUCCUCCAUCUUUCUCCUGGCCGCUUUCCUGGCCUAUACAAAAUCAACAGGGAGAGACCACUCCAUUGUGUGGGCUCCCAUCGCUCUGACAGUUAUUCUAGUGGCUGCAGCAACACUAUGCAAGGAGCAGGGAAUCACUGUGGUCGGCAUCUGCUGUGUCCAUGAAGUGUUUGUGGCUCAAGGGUUUUCCUUGCCCAUGCUGUUGGACACGCUUCGGCAGGUGUUGCAGGGUAAAGACGGUUUCCCCUACGCUCUCCUGCAGACUCUGCUGAAGCUCAUCGUCCUCGUCAUCAGCACCCUGCUGCUCGUCAUCGUCAGGGUCCAGAUCAUCCAGUCGCAGCUUCCUGUCUUCACAAGAUUUGAUAACCCGGCAGCUGUCAGCGUCAUUCCCACAAGACAACUGACUUUCAACUACCUUCUUCCUUUGAAUGCCUGGCUUCUGCUGAACCCCUCUGAGCUCUGCUGUGAUUGGACGAUGGGCACCAUCCCUCUGGUGGAGUCAGUCCUGGACCUCCGUAACCUGGCCACGCUGCUGUUCUACACCUUUCUGGGCCUGCUGGCCUACUACAGCCUGCGCUACAGCCACAGCUCCUCGAAGACCGUCAUCAUGGCCCUGUCCUUCAUCGUCCUGCCUUUCAUUCCUGCGUCCAACCUCUUCUUCCCUGUGGGCUUCGUGGUGGCCGAGAGGGUCCUCUAUGUGCCCAGCAUGGGCUUCUGUGUUCUCGUUGCUCAUGGAUUCAAGAUCAUCUCACAUAAAGGGUACUUAAAGAAGAUUUCCUGGUUGGUAAUCGGGCUGCUUUUGGCCACACAUGCAGUGAAAACGUUUAAGAGGAAUUGGGACUGGGAGUCUGAGUACACUCUGUUCACUUCGGCCCUGAAGGUCAACAAGAACAACGCCAAGCUUUGGAAUAACGUUGGCCACGCUCUGGAAAACCAAAACAAUUACGACACGGCUCUGCGGUAUUUUCUCCAGGCUACACGCGUCCAGCCAGAUGACAUUGGGGCUCACAUGAAUGUUGGAAGAACCUACAAGAACCUGAACAAGUCCAGAGAGGCAGAAGAUGCGUACUUGGUUGCCAAAUCCCUCAUGCCACAGGUUAUUCCAGGUAAGAAGUACGCGACUCGUGUGGCCCCUAACCAUCUCAACGUUUACAUAAACCUUGCUAACCUGAUACGGGCAAACGAAUCGAGGUUGGAAGAGGCCGACCAGCUCUACCGACAGGCCAUCAGCAUGAGGCCAGACUUCAAACAAGCCUACAUCAGCAGAGGGGAGCUUCUUUUGAAGAUGAACAAGCUGAGCGAAGCGCGGGACGCCUACCUCCGAGCCUUGGAGCUGGAUCGCACAAACGCUGACCUGUGGUACAACCUGGCCAUCGUCAACAUCGAGAUGAAAGACCCAUCGGAAGCUCUGAAGAACUUCAAUCACGCACUCGAGCUGAACCCACGCCACAAACUGGCACUCUUCAACUCGGCACUUCUGAUGCAAGAGUCUGGUGAGCCAAAGUUCUGGCCUGAGGCGAACCGUCGCUUCCUGAUCUACGUGGAGGAAGAGCCAGAAGACGCCAACGGCUACUUCAACCUCGGCAUGCUGGCCAUGGACGCCAACGAAAACGUGGCAGCUGAGCGGUGGAUGAAGAGAGCGAUUGGUUUACAGGCCGGCUUCCGCAGCGCCCUGUUUAACCUGGCGUUGCUUUACUCUCAGUCCAAACGAGAGAUAGACGCGCUGCCAGCGCUGGACGAGCUGCUGCGCCACCACCCUGAACACAUCAAGGGUCUCAUCCUGAAGGGGGACAUCCUCAUGAACCACAAGAAGGACACAAAUGGCGCGAAAGCCUGCUUCGAGAGAAUUCUAAGCGUGGAUCCCACCAACGUGCAAGGCAAACACAACUUGUGUGUCGUGUACUUCGAGGAGCGAGACCUCCCGCGUGCCGAACGCUGCCUGGAGGAAACGCUCGCUCUGGCACCGAACGAGGAGUAUGUGAAACGCCACUUGAGUAUUGUUCGCAGUAAGAUGGCCGCCAUGAGCUCCGCAGGGCAGCCACUUACAGCACGGGGAGAAACCACGUCUGCUCAGGAGGAAAAGCCCCUUAAGGGAGUUGAGGACAGGGAGGAGGAAGUGUCUGAGGGUGAGGAGGAAGGGAGGGGUGCUGAUGCUGUAGGGAAGGGGGCUGGGAAUGAGAAGAAUGUGCGGAAAUCCUCCACAGAACGCCUCGGAGGUGUAGGCGUUGACCAAUCAGAGUCUCUGGACAGUAGCCAGUCUGACAAGCGGACUAAGGGUAAGUCCACUAAAGAGAUUUCAGAUAUAGAGGGGAAAAGAGCAGCCGCCUUGAAGAGACUGGAGGAGAUUGAGCGCAUAUUAAGUGGUGAUUGACACGGUUGUAAUUUAUAUUUGGGACUACUUUUUAUAGAGCUCCUUUGAGGCUCCGGGAUACGACUGCAUUUCCCACCCUUAUUGUCAUGUUAUUCCCUUUUUGAAUUACUCACUCGUUUGCAGGCUGCACCGCAUGUUUGAUUUGACACUAAUCGUGUAAAGAAGGGAAAUCUGCACACACAUCUUAUGUAACAAUAAGCACAAUUUGGGAUCAUCUAUUUAAAAGCAGACGUAGAUGCUAAUGUGUGUGCUUCAUCUGAAUGUGAUACCACAUAUCCUAGAUCUGCCGUAGUUAUAAAUAUGAGUUGUUUUUCUCCGUGUAGUCAUUGUUUAUCACUGGAUUUUUCUUUUUGUUAAGAUGUGACUCACUCUUAUGAGUUAUUGUUUUUAAAAACAGAAUGAUUGUAUCACGAACAAUUCGAGGAAAUGACGCGUUGCCAGAUUUCCUCGCGGCAGGAUGAUAACUGUGCCUCAGAAUAACACUGCAUCAACACCCAGAGUAUUUUCUCUUGCACAAAACUAAUCUGCAUUGAUCUUGCGCUUCCUGCCACUACAUCAUCAAUCCUCACAGCUGCCUUUCCACUCAAUGUAAUUGUGAUGGCAGCUAAAAGACUAUUAUCUCACUCCCUUUGUCACAUUAGCCCUCUGAUCUCCACAGCUGUCAUAUUUGAGACAUGACAGCCACAGUAAAUAUUUAGGUGUUUUCUGCUCUUCUACCCCACACACACAUCAUUUUUGGAGACACUGAUUUUUGGAGACACUGAUUUUAUGUGACGGUCCACAAUUACGCACGCUCAUCCUCAGCAUCAGGCCUCAUCAUGUGUUCCUCAUUUUCAAGUCCCUUCCACUUUACAGAAGGAAUCUUCACAGCACAUUUGCAGAAAACAGAUCUUCACAUUCAUCCCGCUCCACAGCAGUCACUUUUUCUAUUUUUUUUCAAGAAGAUAACAUUGGGUUGUUCCGCAUGUGAGUGUUUUUUAGUAGCCUUAGUAUUCACUUCCUCCAGCAUUCAUUCUUGUGAUCACACUAAAUCAAAAUGACUCUGCGUUAGGAGAGCUGGAAUGAAUCGAUUUUGGGUAAGAAUCCAGAGGCUUGUCUUUGAAGAUACUGCGUGAAUCACAUAUUCCUAUAAUCGAUUAUUAAAAGGGUUUUGUUUCUAAGAACAAGUGACAGUAAGUGUUUCCGACAGAAUUAGAUUAUAUGUGUUUUUGACAGAAAUAGUUACUCUUGAAGUCACGGAAAAUUAAGAAAACGUAUAGAGUAGAAUAUGUCCAAGUUAAGCAUAAACAUACUGCAUGUUGGCCAUUGUCUGUUGAUAUUAUCAGGAUUAUUUGAUACAACUUUUUCAAAUGUAAAAGCUCCAUAACCUUCAACACGUAACUCUGCUUUCAUCCCAUCAUUGUUCACAUUUGUAUCAUUGCACAGCAGACUGAAGUUACUAACAUACUGAAGAGGAUUAAUGCUACAUGUGACAUUUCUUUGAGAUCUGAACAAAAGUGAAUAUCUUUUUGGAGUUCUGAGAAAAAUGUACUUUUGUCAACUCUCAAAAUAAAUGUCACAUGCGGCCCUAAUCCUCUACCGUCUGAACCGAAUCAAUAUUUGUUGUUUUGAAUCAUGAAAUACCCAAAGAUUGACAUCCCCAUAGUGCAUCCAUCGACAGCUACUCGUGUCAUUUGCGGCUGCUCCAGGCGAUGCCGAAUCAUAAAUCAUAAAUCUCUCCUGCUCUUGUUACCGAAAGAUAAAACCGAGUACCAGAUGAUUUAUGAAGCCACAUUGUAAACACUUCUGUUUGAACUCAAGUCGUGAGCACACUUGUGGUUGUGAGGAAAAGUCAACAAAGUUUGAUUGAUCACGCUCGGAACAAAGCGAUUGAAUUCAGUCUUCCUCUCGAGCUCCUAUAACGUUCCUGUUUUUGCGUCACAGUACAAUUAAAGUGUGACGCCCCUCUGCUCAGUGCAAUUCUCCAUUUAAAGGAAAGUAGUGUACGUUAGCAGUACAGCGGUGGUACUAAGGAGCCUUGCUAUGCAUUGACCUUUCAACCCUGAUUUAUAUAUACAGUGUACUUGUAUCCAGUGUUAUUUAUAUUGAUUAUGUUCUCUUUGUUAACCACUUGCUUUGAAUGUACGGUGCAUUAUCUUGUCUAUUCUUUUUAAAUGUCACUAAUAAACCAUAUAUGUUUUUCACUUUGAAACACCA